CUGUCAGCGCGGAAGGCGCCCGCGGGAAGGCUGAGCUCUGGAGAGACCUAGGCGGCCGGGGCGUGGCUGCUUCGGGGUCGCCUUUGACACGCUCGGGGACCCGGGUGGCCGGGCCGGCAGUCCCCGACGGGCUGGGACUCAAGGUCUGUGCGGAAGCGGCCGUCGCGUGGAGCAGGGCAGCGGAGGAUGCUGCGCGCCCUUGGGCUCCACGCGCUGGCUGCGUGCGGUGCCCCUGCUCCCGCUCUGGGCGCUACCCUCCUGCCUAGGGCUGGGAUACUGCCAGGCCAGCGGGAGAAUGUGUGUGUGUCCCGGGCCCAGACGAAUUGGACUCCCAGUCAGAACGCCCAGCCUACCUCUGUUCUCUGAUGCCAUGCCAGCACCGACUCAACUGUUUUUUCCUCUCAUCCGUAACUGUGAACUGAGCAGAAUCUAUGGCACUGCAUGUUACUGCCACCACAAACAUCUCUGCUGUUCGUCACCCUACCAAAGUCGUCUGAGAUACACACCCCAUCCGGCAUAUGCUACCUUUUGUAGGCCGAAGGAGAACUGGUGGCAGUAUACUCAAGGAAGGAGAUACACCUCCACACCACAGAAAUUUUACCUCACACCUCCACAAGUCAACAGCAUCCUUAAAGCUAAUGAAUACAGUUUCAAAGUACCAGAAUUUGAUGGCAAAAAUGUCAGUUCCAUCCUUGGAUUUGACAGCAAUCAGCUACCUGCAAAUGCCCCCAUAGAGGACCGGAGAAGUGCAGCAACCUGCUUGCAGACCAGAGGGAUGCUUUUGGGGGUUUUUGAUGGCCAUGCAGGUUGCGCUUGCUCCCAGGCAGUCAGUGAGAGACUCUUUUAUUAUAUUGCUGUCUCCUUGUUACCCCAUGAGACUUUGCUAGAGAUUGAAAAUGCAGUGGAGAGUGGUCGGGCACUGCUACCCAUCCUUCAGUGGCACAAACACCCCAAUGAUUACUUCAGUAAGGAGGCAUCCAAAUUGUAUUUCAACAGCUUAAGGACUUACUGGCAAGAGCUUAUAGACCUCAACACUGGCGAGUCGACUGAUAUUGAUGUUAAGGAGGCUUUAAUUAAUGCUUUCAAGAGACUUGAUAAUGACAUUUCAUUGGAGGCUCAAGUCGGUGAUCCUAAUUCCUUCCUCAAUUACCUGGUGCUUCGGGUGGCAUUUUCUGGGGCCACUGCUUGUGUGGCCCAUGUGGAUGGUGUUGACCUUCACGUGGCUAACACUGGCGAUAGCAGAGCCAUGCUGGGUGUGCAGGAAGAAGAUGGCUCCUGGUCAGCAGUCACACUCUCUAAUGACCACAAUGCUCAGAAUGAAAGAGAACUGGAACGUCUGAAAUUGGAACACCCGAAGAAUGAGGCCAAAAGUGUGGUGAAGCAGGAUCGGCUGCUUGGCCUGCUCAUGCCUUUUAGGGCUUUUGGAGAUGUAAAGUUCAAAUGGAGCAUUGAUCUUCAAAAGAGAGUGAUAGAGUCUGGCCCAGACCAGUUGAACGACAAUGAAUAUACCAAGUUCAUCCCUCCUAACUACCAUACACCACCUUAUCUCACUGCUGAGCCAGAGGUAACUUAUCACCGAUUAAGGCCACAGGAUAAAUUCCUAGUAUUGGCUACAGAUGGGUUAUGGGAGACUAUGCAUAGGCAGGAUGUGGUUAGGAUUGUGGGUGAGUACUUAACUGGUAUGCAUCACCAGCAGCCAAUAGCUGUUGGUGGCUACAAGGUGACUCUGGGACAGAUGCAUGGCCUUUUAACAGAAAGGAGAGCCAAGAUGUCUGCUGUCUUUCAGGAUCAGAAUGCUGCAACCCAUCUCAUUCGCCACGCUGUAGGCAACAACGAGUUUGGGGCUGUCGAUCAUGAACGACUCUCCAAAAUGCUUAGUCUUCCGGAAGAGCUUGCUCGGAUGUACAGAGAUGACAUUACAAUUAUUGUAGUUCAGUUCAAUUCUCAUGUUGUAGGGGCAUAUCAAAACCAGGAACAGUAAGCAGAUCUACCCUGGGAUCUCUCAAGAUUGAAGGAAGGGCAGGUAAACUUUUUAAAGAAACUCAUAUAGCAAAUAUUUCCAGUGGGUCAGUCUAAAUGUUUCCUGUUUGAUACGCUAGCUAGUCUGACAUUACAAAUUGACUGUGCAGCAGAUGAUAGAUCAUGUCUGUUCUGCCUAGUGGGCCCUCAUAGUAUCUUCACUUGAGGCAACUCAGUUCCUUAUUACAGGUGUUCUGAAACGGUGAUUUUGCCUAACAAGCUCAAAAUAUGAAGGUUGGCAGAUAAGACCUUGAAUGGGUCAAAAAUGAGUUACCUUGCUAGGAGUUUUGGUAAAGGCAAGAAACAUUAUUAUUGACACCUGCAGACCUCUUGGCUAAGAUCUAAAGUACAUGAGAACAUUUAUUUACUGCAUGACUUUUCUACGAUUAAACUGUCCAUACAUAAUUGACAUACAUUUAGCCUGGAGCAUUUUUCAGAUCCAAUACUUUAAGCCAUAAAUGACUAUGAACCUUGUCAAACAAUUUGAAUUUGUAAGUUUUUGUGAUUACAUGAUAAACUAUGCUUCUUAAAUGGAAAAAAAGAAAAGAACCCUACCCUACAUUCUUCCCCACCCAUGGUUUCCUCAAUGUAACAUAUUUUUUGUUUGCCAUACCUUGCAGACAAUAGUGUUUUUUUUUUUUAGUUUUAUCUACUCUCCUAUUGAAUGUUAAAUAAAGGGAAAAAUGGUUUUAGUUUAUGUACAUGAAAAACUUUAGUUUGAAAUAAAGAUACCCAGAAUAAAAAGAAGAGACUGAUAUGCUUAAUUCUUGUCAUCUGUAGUCACCAGCACUGGUAUAUAAUUCCCGUGGGAGGUGUGGCACAUGUAAGUGUGUGGUGGGUAGACUGCUGCUGCGAAAUCACACUUUAGUAGUCAUAAGAGUUUUCAUCCAUUUUGGAAUUUUAAGGAUGACAUAUAUAUAUAUAGUAAGUUUAAAUAUCAACUUGAGUAAUAAGAUUUUAAUAUUACCACCUGCACUGAGACAGUGGAGGAAAUGUUUUCACUUAGACGUAGGUCAGUUAAAAUAAUUUGGUUUAAAAUUAUUAAAUGCUUUAAACAUACUGUAGCUUAUAUGUGUUAAAAUAUAUACAUGGGAAUUUUUAAAUGGUAACUUGUGCAUGCCUGAUACAGAAUACUUAGUAACAUCAAGUGUUGUUUGCAACACUCUCCAUGAUUAUAUGCAAUCCUUCCUAUUACUGUAUCACAGUAAAUGAAAAUAAAUAUAUUCAAAUUGGCUUUGAGAGAGCUUGUUUGAUGUGCAUCAAAUGAUAUUUUGUUCCUGCAUUUAAUGGUGAUCUGUAUACAGCUGUGCAUAUAUUUUAUUACUAUUUUUUUAAAAAGGCUAUGACAUUUAAAAUUCACAUAGAUUUUGAUACAAAACAUGAUUAGCUUUCUGUUGUGUAAUUAGUUGAGUCUAUAAGAGUCCUUUCAGCAUUUCAUAAGAGACGAACUAGAUGUUCCAAGGACUGUAGAUACUAAAUAUAGUAGUAUUGGCAGCAAAAUUAGUUCCAAAUGAAAAUGGACUCAGGAAGAUUGUAGCUCAGUGCAUCAUAGAAUUUGUUUUCUAAAAUACUUUUGUAGCCAGGCUUGGUGCUGCACACCUUUAAAUCCUAGCACUUGGGAGGCAGAGGCAGGCAGAUCUCUGUGAGUUCGAGGCCAGCUUGGUCUACCUAGUGAGUUCCAGGACAGGUAGGGAUACAGGGAGACCCCUGUUUCAAAAAAAAGACAAAAAAUAAUAAUAAUAAAAUACUUUUUUCUUUUUAAGUCAACUUGGACCUUUUUUUCCCCCUUGGCAGUAUUUUGGAGCUAUAUUAUGCAUUCUUAAUGUUUUCAGAGACAUCUUAGAAUGAAAAAUACACACCACAGUAGCAAAAUACUUUUUUUUUUUUUCCUGUCUUUUUGAGACGGUCUCCCUGUAGCCCCAGCUGUCCUAGAACUCACUGUGUAGACCAGCCUGGCCUCAAACUCACAAAGAUCCUUCUGCCUCUGCCUCCCAAGUGCUGGGAUUAAAGGCAUGCGCCACCACGCCCAGCCAAAAUCCAUUUUUAGUACUGUUUGAAUUGCUCUUGAACACCACCACUGAAGAGUUCUAUGUCACACACUAACGAAUGCCUCAUCUCUGUAUGAUAUGGGAAAUAUAAAUUUGGUUUCCUUGUUCCUGAAAAGAUGAUUCUUAUUACUCGAAAAGUUUUGUUUACAGCCUGAAGCCAGUCUACUUUGUAUAGGAAUGAAAUGCAGUGUGGAGUUGGUGUUGUGGAGAUGGAAAUAAGUGGGUGUGCAAAGUUGAAUAUCCUGUCAUCUAAAAGCACUUGUGAUCUUUAUCAUAACUUCUUGUCACCAUGAUACAAUAUCUAGAAUUAAAGUCAGUUUGUGUAAACUUU